CGCUCCAAAUCCAAUACUGCCUGUACGCGCUAUUGGUUUCCUUCCAGUCGAUACAGACGGCUUCGGCAGUCGACAUGCAUGUACCUCCACAUCUGAGAUGUUAUAACAUCUUGCUCUUUCACUCGAGUCAGUCUCUUGACUCUCUCGGGAUACCUACCAUACAAUUUGUUGUUUCGCACACACCAUCUUUUUUCAACCGCUACUUGCCAUAUGCUUUCGGCAUGGAGGUGAUCGAAGCAAUAACCGCUGUCCACGGCGUUGCCAAACUGGCAUACCUUCUUGCAUCCACGAUAUACGAUGUUGCGAAGGUUGCAAAGGACUCGGGCGCUGUUUUCCAGCAACUCGACACUGAAGUCAACUCUCUCAAAGUUUUUCGUCAGUUUAGUCGAACAAGUCGAAUCAGACAUCACCUCACGAUGUGGCCAGAACCCAGAUCCCAACGCUGUCGAGACGUCACAGGCCCUAUGGCCGUUUGGUCUAUUGAAGGAAGAAUGUGAUGAACCAACCACACUCAUUGAGCCUCAGCUCCAAAAGAUCCACCAAUACCGAAGCGACAUGGCGAAUGAUUCUGAAUUUGGGCGUCAACUGUUUACAGCAAUGAAAAUCAGGUUCAGACUCGUUCCUAAGAUUCACGAUCUGUACCCAAGGAUCGAGAGACUCAAAACAAGCUUGCUGUUAGCGACGGCAACCAUCCAAACCUUGCAAAAUGAAGCAGGAGCGGGACAGUUAGAAAGGAUUGAACGCGCUACAGAAGAGAUACGAACCCUUCUACGCCCUCAUCCUGCCAAAUCCCGUAACAGAACCUCUCGCACCAGCCUUUCGACUUCAAAUAGUCAAUUGUCCUUCCAGAGCUUUAUUUUGGACCGGGCCCCGUCCUUGCGCAUAGAAGCAAUUCUGGGUUUCAAAGGCAUCUCUGCAGAUCGUGAUACAGUCGAAACGCCGCUUCAAACAUCCGAUAGUAUCAUUUCUUUGCCUAUCAGCGGACGAAGAUCGAUCGACAGCUCCAAGUGGGCUUUUCCCAAAAGUAGCUACUCGUCAACGGUAUCGUUCGCCACUGCACCGGAAGUCCAGCUAAGCCAUAACCCGAGAGAUUUCUAUUCUACGUCUGCACAGCUCGGCAACAUAAGAGACCAUACGGAGGCACAGAGAUACCAGCAUGGAGGACUAGGAACGGAUCUCGCGGAAGGACUUGGCGUUUCUCUUGUGCCUGCUCUGGGUGCAUACGACGUACCACGCCUUAAUCAGGAGCUACCCGAAUCGUCGAAGGAGGCCCGUGAACAGUUGAAUGGGGAAGUUAUGCCCUUCCAAGUAUUCAGCAAUCAGCUAGAGACGGAUGGCCUUUCACCCAGGCUUGUAAUGAGAUACAUGCGGGAGCACAACGUAAUAGAACGCAUCCUGGCAAUGGCGGAAAAGCUACAAGUCGAUGGCCAGAUACAACUGGACAAGGUAGCAAGGUUGAGAUCUGAGAUCGAAAGCAGCAACCGUGCCCGGCGCUUAUUUGCCCUCAUCGUAUUGAAAGUGCUGAGGAACUACAAGAGGCCAAAGAUUGCGCUCCUAUUAGCUCGGGGAAAAUACGUCAAGUCUGCUCUCGACCUAGUUGAUCCGUUAUUGGAGUUUCAGAGGCUUCGUUAUUCAAGUGCAUCGUUGCAAGGUCACAAAGCGGACUCAAACGACUUUCCAGACAACUUGUCGAAAAGUGUGUCCGUAUCAUAGGCGACGUCAAAAGUUCGAGGUUCUUUCAUUCCAUAUCUGCACCGGAAAGCCAAGACCCUGAUCCAAUCACGAUACUCUGUUACGUUGCUUCCAGCAUGCUCAACGCGGGCAGAGCUCCUCCACCUGCUGGUCCAUCCAGCCUCUGCUCAUCCUGAUACCCAUCUCCCUACAAUCCCGCAGAUUUAUGGCCCAAUUUCCCACCUCCAAACAUGGUUCGACGUGCGAUUCUCGAGAACUCCAGCCCACAUGAAUCCUGGACCGAAAGAAA